UCAAAUUCGCAAAUCCCGAGGAGCUAUUGGAAAUAUAUGAUGGGGAGAACUUUCGUGUUGUUAGCAUUGCUAGUACUUGCGUCUCCAUCCAUUAAGAGCGAAUUGCAAUCAGUUAACGAAGACCAAGCCUGUCUCCAUGGGUCCAGUGAUUCGUCACAAAACUGUGGCUCACCAGGAGUGAUGGAAUCAAAUGGCAGUGCUCAGCAUGAUUCCCCAUCACCAUCAAGUUCUUCACAAAGCAAAGAGGAGGCGGGUGACGACUGGUCGCAGCCGGUGCCGGACGGCCAGUGCGGCCGCGCCGCGCGCGCCGCCGGCCCCUGCCGCCGGCUGCCGGCCGGCUGCCUCAGCUGCCAGUUCAACCGGUCGUGCGUGUACGGCGCCAACGUGACGGUGCUCUGCCGGCCGGCCGCCGACGCCUCCUGCACGGGUAGCACGCUGUUUAACAAGACGAUGGUGUGCUCGUACUGUUACCAGACUCCUACCUGGCAGCACGACUGUAGCCUUUGCAACGUGAUGGCACGGGGACGGAAGUAUUACAGAGCGAACUGCACGGUGGCUGACGACGUGCUGUGCAUGGGUCGGCGCACGUUCCACAAGAGCCUGUUCUGCAAGUGGACCAAAGGCGACCGCUGGGGCACGGCGCUGGCGCUCAGCAUCCUGCUGGGCGGCUUCGGCGUGGACCGCUUCUAUUUGGGCCACUGGCAGGAAGCCAUCGGCAAGUUCUUCAGCUUCGGCGGCUUGGGCGUCUGGACGCUGAUCGACGUGGUGCUGAUCGCCAUCGGAUACCUUAGCCCGGCCGACGGGUCGCUGUACAUCACGUGAGCGCGCUCCACGGCGCGCCGCGGCCUAUCCCCGUGGCUGGUGAAGGGGCGCGGACGAUCGAGCAUUGGGCUCCCACGCGGGACACACUCUGAUACCGGCGGCGCGCGGGGCCAGCCCGGCCACAGGCGUGGAGUACCUGCCAACACCAACCGGUCACCGUGGUGUCCUCAGGCCCAACCCAUUGUCGUGUCUCCGCAAGGUGGCGGUGCCUGCCGACCACCAGGGCCUGGUCGCAGCUCGUCGCCCGUUUAAUGGUGGAAAGUGGACCCUCUGGAGGCGCUCACCGAGCGGGGCUCGGGGCUCCCAAACAGCGGGCGAGGAGAGCGGCGUGUUGGCGCGUAGAGCGGCUUGGCUGCCGUACGCCGCUGCCGUCCGGCCGGGCGUGGUCGGCCUCACGUGUUAUCCGAUGCCUGCCGGCGGCCAGCUCAGUUGUGUUUGUCAGUUACGUCAACACGAUGUCUAUCUGGUAGCGCCCACCGUAUCAGCCGGGAAGGAUUCGUCGGCAGCGAUAAGCCUGUUCCACGACUUAAGAUUAUUGUUAUCUUGAGGCCGGGGCAGAUAGGGUGUUGCGAUACUUGUGAGCUCGUGAGAUGGUGGGUGGUUCGUCAUGUACAAGCGCUGCUUGCCGACGCUGCCGAUGUGAAGCAGGCGGUGGGGCAUGGAGCUGGAAUGUGUGAUGUUUAUGUCGCAUGAUGUUUUGCCAAACUGUGAUAUGCACCACACCGCGGUGCCCGUAUGAUACUUUGUUACACCCGGACCUCAGUUACUUCUGUCAAAAUGGCGCCCGUCGUGCUAUGCAGAUGCCCGAGAAUAUGACGUGUGGGCCCGGCUGUCGCGUUUUCUGGUAGCCUGGCUGGUUAUUCGCCCAUUUGGCACCCCCUGGGAGACGUGACGAGCAGAGCUUGCAGUCACCAGACCGAGAUGUUGCUGCCGUGGCUGACAUGUGGGCGUUCGCGAUCUAUUUACGCCAUAUGAUCUUCGUGUUCAUAAACCAAGGCCUCAACAGCUAUUCUUGGUCCCGAACGGUCUCAUGACGAGGAUUUACAGUACGUGGAAAGCUGAUUUGUGCAACCCCAACUGUCUGAUGCAAUUGACCUUGGCCACUACCGCCCGUUGCGAUCUCUGGAGGCACGGAAGCUUGUCGGUGUUAAGUUGCCAUCGUGGGAUAAGAGAACGCGGUAAGCGUUUACGUGUCAGCGAAACGAAGAACCGCGGUCUGCCAAUGCGGCAAGACGUCCUUCGUCGCAUUCUUCACAUACACACUAAAGGGAGGAGCGAAACAAAUGGCGUCCAUAAGCUUGUCCGCAUCGACGUACGCAUAAAACUGAA